AAAGUGUAGGCCGAAGGCAUAUCGCAAAAAUACUGCCAUAUUCCUGUACCAACAAGAUCUCUGUCAAGCUCUUUCUGUAGUAUAUCGGAUUUCACGAUAUCUUCAGCGAUAAUCUCAGGGCAUUCGCGAUCACCCUGUUUUCUUCCGUCGAAACAACUGCUUCUGAAGGCUGCGCAACUACCUACCACGACGCUCCAACUGGAGUAACCUUUCCCAUCACUUAUCCUCUACAGACCUCCACCUGCCAUGAUCAGCACCGGAAGCGUCGCCCAAUAUGCCGUACUGUGCAAAAUGCCGCCGUUAUUUUGCCAAUACCCAGGCAUUACGCCAACAUUUGAGCGCCGAGAACAGUAAAGCGCACCCUUUCCCCGCGUAUUGCGAUGACUGCGACAAAUAUUAUGAGGGGAAAGCUCAGUUGAAAACCCACCGAUACAAAAACCACAGAUUCCUCACGUCGGAUUCGGAGCUGAAGGGGUGCGUGGACCAAGUUCAAAAAUGUUUUCCAUGCGAAAAGUGCCAGGAGAAUUUCAAAUCGGACGUGCAGCUGGAGAGACACAUAAACCAAGCUCACUGCACCUGUCAUGUACCUGGCUGUGGAAAGGAGUUUAAUCAGUCGCAGCUUGAUGGCCAUCUCAUCGAUGACCAUACUUUCUGUAAAAAGUGUAAAAAGUGCUACCCGUCCCAGCAGGAGCUCAAAGAUCAUCGCAGAUCCAGCCCGAAUCAUUUCUGGUGCCAUGCCUGCGGUGUGGAGUUUGCUUCCCAGAGUGAGUUGGCAGACCAUUGCAAGAACACUCAGGACACCCCGUUGCAAAAGCACUAUUACUGCUCGAAGUGCAGUAUAAUCUGCUUUAGCGGCGAAAGUUACAAAGAUCACUUGGACAAAAGCGCAAAGCACCAUUAUUGUCGCAAGUGCCAUCAGCUCUGGCCCACCGUGGACGGCUGGAUCGAACACCUCAUCAACUCCGAAUUCGGAAUCAAUCGGAAGCAUUACUAUUGUGCAACCUGCCAUGUCGACUUCAACACUGAGGAUAGUCUGAAAAACCAUUACUUUGUGUCGGAUGAGCAUCGGUAUUGCCACAAGUGCAAUAAGUCCUAUGACUCGGCUGCCGAACUUCAGCGUCACCUCCAGACAUCCCCAGGCUCUCACCCAUACUGCACACAGUGCCGUAUAGCCUUCACGAAGUUCGAAGAUUUAGAGCUGCACAUUCGCCAGAACCCAUCCUCACACCCGUCGUGUCCCAAAUGUUCGGCCCAUUUUGCCACCGAAGAUGAGUUGAAAGCUCAUUUGAGAGCUGAAUUGGACACACAUUUCUACUGCUACGAUUGCCGCCUAUCAUUUGACAGUGUCGAUAGGCUGAACAAACACACCUUCAUUCGGCACAACUACUGCUACAUCUGCAAGGAGUUCUACGAUUCGGAUGCGGCCCUCAAAGAACACUUCAGCGAGAAGACGGAGACGCACCCUUUCUGCUCUAACUGCCGUGUUGCCUUUUGGUGCUUCGCUGAACUGGAGCUUCACAUGAGCCAGAAAGCGAAGGGCUAUUUCUACUGCUUGUGUGAUGGGAAGGCGAUCGUAACGGCCAGCGAACUCAAAGAGCAUAAGAUCAAUAGCGAUGAUCAUUACUUUUGCAUCGAUUGCGAGAGGGAUUUCGUGGAGGAAGAGCAUCUUCAUGUACAUCUCCAAGCCAAGCACCAUGUGUGCCACCACUGCGAUGCACGAUUCGACAGUGAGAAGGGGCUGCGAGAGCACCAAAUGUCCAUAGCCACACCAUGCAUUGUCUGCAACCAGAAAUUCCCCACCAAGAAGCAGAUGAUCCAGCAUUGCGAAAGCGGAGGCUGCUACAUAGAGCUCUCCCAGCUCUACGUGCUCCACCUCGCUAGAGAAGACAAAAGCAAACUCUUCACCACGGAGCACCUGGUCCACGCUCCAAUCCAAGCCGACCCAUUCAAGAAGGAAAAUGUCAAGGCCGUAGAGCUCACUACGGGCUCGUACACGACGUACAUCUGUCCUCAGUGCGACCUAGGUUCGUCGAAGAAAGAAGACAUAGAUGCUCACCUUUUGGGGGAGGCGUACCAGCCGCGCCGCUUCAAGUGCCCGAAGAAGGAGUGCACAGUCAUGUUUGCAAAGUUUGGGUCUCUGCUGCAGCAUCUCGAGGAUAUGCCUUGUGGUGGCUGGGUCAGAGAUUCUCAGGAAGAGGGGUUGGCAUACCUUAAGUCUUACUUUACUUGAGAGGUGAUGAAAUCGGCCUAUACCCUCUUGGCUUGCGAACCCUUACUUCAUACUACCCGUCUGAAACAUCAUCUUAUCGAGGUGUGAAGAGUCCGAGUCACAAAUGGCGGACUUUUCGCACCAGCUUGGCCUUUUCAAGUGUCCACAGAUAAAUGUGGAAUCAUGUUC